CAGAGAGCUCUGUGACCUUGAAUUCGCAGCCACCGUCGUGUCGUGUGAUCAUCAAUCAAUAUGCUUGGAGAGUAGAAGAAAGAACGCUUCUCUCAAUUUUGACGAGAAGACCAUCUUUUGUGCCUCCACCGUUCUUCAGAGAAAAUGACACCCGCGAAGCAAAUUAGUAAACUUUCAAGCUCAGCAAGAUCCUUUAUUCUUAGUGGAUCCAGAUCAGUUGCAGCUGCUGGGGCUUCUCGUGCAUACAAAGACGAUGAACCUUGCGUCUCCAGACGCCAGCAGCUUAGGAAUCAAGCUGCACAGAGCGGAAAAGCACAGUCAUCUCUAGUUGCAAGUGUAUUAUUACCAGGAGAGACAAGUAGUAACCAUGAUGUUGUUCCUAAUAAGGUUGAUGUUUCUGGUCGGCCAUCUCUAUUGCCACAGUCACCACAUUCGGUUAGUUAUGCAUCGGCAGUCGCUAGAGAGGAGGAGGAAGCUUCUUCAGCAGCACCUAUUGGGGACCAGAUUCUCAGGGCCGGUGUUAAAGCGGUAAACAUUCUGUCUGAUUUAGCAAACGGUAAGAUUCCUUCGUUUGAUGGAGGAAGUGAAGUGUUUGGGUUACCUAAAAGCUUUAUGGUGGAUCCAGCUCGGCCUAUCACAAGUAUCAAGUCUUCCAAUGUGAAAGCUAUAGGUAGAAAUCAUAAUCGCAGCUUCCAAGGGGCUAAGGAAGCUGCGCGAGCUGGAAUCGUCAAACAAGGUUCAGUACCGUCAACAUCUGGCAAGAGGACAACAAGCAGCAUGCUGCAGAGAACCAAUAUUGUUUCAAACGGUUUCAGCAAAUCUUCAACCCCUUCAGGAUCUGCUCUGCCAAGAAAGCAGCAGCAGCAUUGUAAUAAUACCAAACAACAACACGUCGUUGAGAAUGUUUGCAGCGUUUUGAAAAGCUUCAGGUGGGGCCCUGCUGCCGAAGAGGCCCUAGAAAAACUCCACGUUGUGAUGAGUCCACGCCAAGCAAACCAAGUCCUUAUGAAGAUGAACGACUACGGAAACGCUCUCGGUUUCUUCUACUGGUUGAAAAGGCAACCUGACUUUAAGCACGACGACUACACUUACACCACCAUGCUGGGUAACCUCGGCCGUGCUAAACAGUUUGGCGCAAUAAACAAGCUCCUCGAUGAGAUGGUUAGAGAAGGAUGUCUGCCGACCACAGUCACGUAUAACCGUCUUAUCCACAGCUACGGCCGCGCCAAUUACCUGAAGGAAGCUAUGAAUGUGUUCAAUCAAAUGCAAAAGGCUGGAUGCAGACCUGACCGUGUGACGUACUGUACGCUUAUAGACAUUCAUGCUAAAGCUGGAUUUCUAGACGUUGCCAUGGAUAUGCAUCAUAGAAUGAACGCUGCGGGGAUCGAAACCGACACUUUUACUUACAGUCUCAUCAUAAACUGUCUUGGAAAAGCUGGGCGGUUACCCGCUGCGCACAAGCUCUUCUGUGAGAUGGUUGACCAGGGUUGUAAACCCAACUUGGUCACCUACAACAUCAUGAUUGACUUGCACGCCAAGGCGAGAAACUAUCAGAGCGCUUUGAAGCUUUACCGCGAUAUGCAGAGCGCCGGGUUUAAGCCUGACAAGGUGACGUAUAGCAUUGUGAUGGUGGUGCUUGGACACUGCGGAUAUCUGGAGGAAGCAGAAGCUGUUUUCAAUAAGAUGGAGGAGGAGAGGUGGGUUCCUGACGAGCCGGUUUAUGGUCUUCUGGUGGAUCUGUGGGGGAAAGCUGGUAACGUGGAGAAGGCGUGGCGAUGGUAUCAGGCGAUGCUUCGUGCUGGUCUUCUGCCUAACGUUCCUACGUUCAAUUCACUUCUCAGCACUUUCCUUAGGGUUAACAAGAUAAGCGAAGCUUCUGAGUUGUUACAGAACAUGCUGGCGCUUGGCCUACGCCCUUCUUUGCAGACGUACACGUUGCUGUUGAGCUGUUGCACGGACGGUAGGUCGAAACUCGACGUGGGUUUCUGCGGUCAGCUGAUGGCUAGCACUGGUCAUCCGGCGCACAUGUUUCUCCUCGAGAUGCCGUCUGCUGGUCCUGACGGCGAAAACGUGCGUAGCCAUGUGAAGAGGUUCUUGGAUCUCAUGCACAGCGAGGACAGGGAGAGCAAGAGGGGACUUGUGGACGCGGUGGUUGACUUUCUGCACAAGUCAGGGCUGAAAGAAGAGGCGGGGUCGGUUUGGGAAGUCGCGGCGGAGAAGAACGUUUUCCCCGACGCGUUGAGGGAGAAGAGCAGCAGUUACUGGCUUAUCAAUCUCCAUGUGAUGUCGGAGGGAACCGCGGUGACGGCUCUGUCUAGGACGCUCGCUUGGUUCCGUAAGCAGAUGUUAGUCUCGGGACGUGGCCCUGCUCGGAUAGAUAUAGUAACUGGUUGGGGAAGACGUAGUAGAGUCACUGGUACGUCGAUGGUGAGACAAGCGGUUGAGGAGCUGCUCAACGUGUUCGGUUCACCGUUUUUCACGGAGAGUGGGAACUCGGGUUGUUUCGUGGGGUGUGGUGAGUCUCUCAACAGGUGGUUGCUUCAGUCUUAUGUUGAGAGGAUGCAUUUGUUGUGAGCUUGUUUGUAAGUCAUAUAUAAGUUAAAGGGUUUUAGGAUUAUAGAUUUGAAACUGUUCUCUCUCUUUAGUCUUUUGGCCUCUGCUUUUUCAGUUGUAUCUUCCUCUUGCAAUAAACUGUUGAAUGAGGUAACAAACUCCUAGAUUAUCUAAGAUGUAGGAUCAUUAUUUGAUAUAAAACAUUUGCUUCCAAAAAGAAAAGUAAGAAAAGAAGUUGUAGA